GGCGGCGGAGAUGGGGGCGCCGUCUAUGGUGUUCGCGCGCUUUGUGAUGUUUUAUUGUGUCGCGGGGAUUCGGCGGCCUGGAAACCCGGAACCGUCAGGAGAAGCGGCGGCGGCGGCGGCGGUUGCCGAACGUCUGUGGGUCGCUUAGCGGCCGGUUCUUCUCGGAAGCCGUUGAGCCCAGAGGAGGAGGCGGAAAGGCCGUCGGGGCUGUACGUCAGUAACGGUCUUCGUGCCGCGAACCGUUGCACGCGAGCCUACGGGGGAAGCGGGGUCAGAAGUGCCGGGGAUGUGAUCUUUCAUGGUAUGGUGCUGGGAAUCUGUGUUUUAAAUCACCCCAAUGGAUGCAGAGAGUGAUGUUGCAUUGGAUAUUUUAAUCACAAAUGUGGUCUGUGUCUUUCGAACAAGAUGUCAUUUAAAUUUGCGAAAGAUUGCUUUGGAGGGAGCAAAUGUGAUAUAUAAGCGUGACGUUGGGAAAGUAUUAAUGAAGCUUAGGAAACCCAGGAUUACAGCAACAAUUUGGUCCUCAGGGAAAGUAAUUUGCACAGGAGCUACAAGUGAAGAAGAAGCAAAAUUUGGUGCCAGACGACUAGCCCGUAGUCUGCAGAAACUAGGUUUUCAGGUGAUUUUUACAGAUUUUAAAGUUGUCAAUGUUUUAGCAGUAUGCAACAUGCCGUUUGAAGUCAGAUUGCCAGAAUUUACAAAAAACAACCGACCCCAUGCCAGUUAUGAACCAGAGCUUCAUCCUGCAGUGUGCUACAGAAUAAAAACACUUAGAGCUACUUUACAGAUUUUUUCAACAGGAAGUAUCACAGUUACAGGGCCAAAUGUAAAAGCUGUUGCCACUGCAGUGGAACAGAUCUACCCGUAUGUGUUUGAGAGCAGGAAAGAAAUUUUAUAAUUUGCCACUUCACGGUUAGGUGAACUAACCAAGCACCUUUUAUAAGACUGCUGCAUAUUGGACUUAAAGCAAAAAAAGGGUAAAGAAAAAAGGAUUAACUGGACCAAGGCAGCUGAGAAGGUACAAACUCUUGGCCACAGUGAUAAACUCCAGUCCUUUUUGGAUUUUAUUUUGAACAGUGCUGUAUUGUAAAAACAAAAGUUUACAAAAAUAUGAAAUUGCUGCUUUUUACAAGACAUUCUAUUUAUUUCUGCAGUGAUUUCUGUGUUCAUAAGCAGAAUUGUCAUGAUAUGCACUAACCUUGGAAAUACUUCUUUAGGUUGAGCUUGUGUUUUUAUUUGUUAAUAGUCUUUUACAUUUUUGUAUGCUGACUGUUGGGCACCAAAGAAGCUGUAGACAUUACCUUUUUCACCUGACAAACAUGCACAAAUAAAAGUCUGCAAAACCUUCCUUCAUACCUGUUCUGUUACAUUCCUUUUCCCUUUUCAAUUAACAAUUGUAUAUUGGCAAAGUAACUAAAGCAUUAUUAGUGUAAUCUUUUGUUCAUUUUUUUUCUUCCAGUUUUAGUGUGCGUGUGUAAAGUGGUCAAUAGCAGAAUAGGUUCAAGUGAAUGACAGAUACAUAUGUGUACAAAGGACAGACUCUGUUUUUUCUGCAAUGUAUUUGUAAGUAAAUGCAGAGGUUGGCUGAUCUUUUUCUGCUUUGCUCAGUAAGGGCACAUUCUGGAUCAUAACAGAUUUUAAUGAACAUUGUAUUCAGUAAAGAUAGAAGUACCAUGAUAGCACUUGAUGUUAGUAAAAUCAGCUUACUGUGUCCAUAAUUCAGAUACAGUUUUGGUUGGUUUUUUAAAAACUGCUGUGAAUUACUUCCAUUGACUAGUGUUAUUUUUCAGGAAAAAAGUUUAAUUGAUGUAGACCUUUUAGCUACUUCUAAAAAAUUGUCCACACUUGCCAAAUACUGCUAUAGUACUUCAUUUUUGUUUUUUAUUCUAACAUGUAAGAAAGCUUGGUUUUGACAUGUAAUCUUGGGACUUCAAAAGCCAAUGUUGAAUCUCUCAGUACAUGUGCAUUGGUACAGAUGAGUGGUAUUUUAAUUAAAUUUUAAUUGGAAUGAAGAUGCUACUCUCAUCAUAUACAAUAAAUAUGUAAAAAUGCA